CAAUAAAAGACACCAACUCCACAUAAUCUCUGCCAAUGUAGAUGCGACAAUAUCAAAUAGACAAAAUAUAUAUACCUUGAGAACUGACCUUCAGUAAAUCCUUUGACAAGCAUUGAAGCAGGAAAAAAUAAAUUAGUGAUCGGCGUUUGCCCGCUUUUCACAUGCCAAAACACUGAAAAGCAUCCCUACUUUCUCAGGUGGAGAAGCUCGAUCCGACCUCUUUCCUUCAUCUUCAAUCGGUCGUCCAUCUUUCACUUUCAUCACACUCUUCACAAUGAAUUCCAGUUCUUCUCAUGGCGGCUUUCGGUCUCGCCGCUCUUAUCCUACAUUGAACCAUGUUUCGCUCACUCCCCUUACGCCUCGAUUCCCCAUCGACGACGAUGUAGAACCCGGGGACUACUUUUCACCGCGGGUCAACGAGAGCUCCGGUGAUAAUUCACCAGGCGCAUACAGCAAUCAACACAGAACUUCAUAUCUUUCUAGCUACUCAGUUCCAGGAACUCCAGGCGUCCUUUCACAUUCCCGCAGCGAAUCCCGACAUAUUCGCAGCAAGAGCUCCAGUCGUACACAUCUGAGUGACACGAAUUUGCAAAGUCAGGAUGUAGCCCAGCCGAUUCAUCACAGUGGAAAGAAGAAGCGAUCCGUUGCACCACAACCACAAUGGUCUGAUUCGGCCCAUCGACGUUCCGACUCGGAGUGGAUGCUUCGUGCUGGUAUUGCGCUUGCGUCGUCGACUCGCGAGGAAAAGGGCCAGAGCUGGCUAGCGAAACGGGAGAGCUCCACUAGUCUCGUCUCGGAGACAUACUAUGACACUGGCGGUAGGAAGGGUAGUAGGCGAUCUCGAUCAGGGAUGUCAACACCCGCUGCCAAUACUCCCCAUUCCAGACGGGGGUCACGAUCCCUCGCGACUAGCAGGAGAGGCAGUCGACCUGAUCUCGGCCUAACCAUGACCGGCAUUGAUGUCAAUAAUGGGUUCCGCCACGCAAAUUCCAACAUUCCCAGUCCCGCGGGGGAUGUCCGAGCCUUCGUCCCAGAUUUUGUAGACGAGCGAAUCCGUGCUGAGAUGGCCUCUAUCCAAGGUGACGAGUCAGCGUCUUUCUCAUCCGAGUACUCGGACUCAGAGGAUGAGAUCGAUGAAUUGGAGUUACAAAAACUGACUCGGGAGAGGGGCUUUGGGCUGGGUAGUUGGAUUGACCGUGUAGUGGAAUGGACUCUAUUUGGGACUGAUGAGGGACCGCCCUCAAUACCCCCAACUGUCCGUUUUCAAAACCAACCCAGUUAUGAGGACCGGGUGGCAGAAGACAGCCACUCUGCUUCCGAAGAUGAGGACAAGGAUGAUGGCUCUUCAGUCGGGACCAUCGAGGAUAACGACAGCACUUGCACAAAAUUUGAGGAUGUUUCAACAGCGAUAGAGAGACCCGGGGAGCAGGGCGGCUGGGAAGAUGCAGGAUGGCUGUUUCGAGUUGCGAAAAGGGCAUUGUUAUUAUGAGCUUCGGACUUCCAGCUGACUUUAGUUGAUUCUUUUCUUGUUCGAUCAUUGUUCGAUCGGUUUGACAUCGAUAUCACGUGUAUAUGACCUUAUAAUUGAAUACCUGGCUCGGCUAGUAGUCAGUCUCAUCUCUUAAAUAGCGAAACAAAUAUAUAAA